AUGAACGAACAGGAGGUUAAGAUCAUGCAAUCAGAGGAAAAAGGCAAAUUGCAAGCCUUGAUCACACGAGAAGGAAGUGAAUCACUCAGACCUUCGAAGCGGAAUUUGGAACCGUUAUGGGUAGGCGAGAUAUAUUCGUCACGGUUAGAGCUGAUCAAACAUGUUCAGCGACACGCAUUCGCUCAAGAAAUACGGGACAUAUCCGAUGGGGGUCAAAUAAAAUCAAGCAGCGUAUUGGCGAGUCUGAGCCCAUUUAUCGACCAGAGCGGGGUCCUCAGGGUGGGCGGUAGAUUACAGAAGUCAUUAUUAGAGUACGAAAACAGGCAUCCCAUUUUGUUGCCUGCCAAAUGUCGGUUCACGGUUUGUCUAUUCGAACGGGAACAUAGUCGCAUGCUCCACGCAGGCCCGCAAGCAUUGCUUUUUUCCAUUCGAGGAACAUAUUGGCCAUUGAACGGUCGCAAUAUUGCUCGAAAGGUAGUUCGGGGAUGCACGACGUGUUUUCGUAAUAAUCCUAAACCACUGACACAGAUCAUGGGAUCAUUGCCGUUGGAUAGGACAGGCUGUCGACGAGUUUUUUCUGUAGUGGGUAUCGAUUAUGCAGGGCCGAUUAUCACCGCGAUGAGUAAAGAUAGAGGACGAAAGACCAACAAGUCUUAUAUCGCCUUAUUCAUAUAUUUUUCUACAAAGGCAAUCCAUUUAGAAGCCGUUAGUCAAUUAUCAUCGGAUGCGUUUAUCGCGGCGUUGCGUCGUCUUGCUGGGAGACGCGGAUGCCCGCGAAAGAUCUAUAGCGACAAUGCGACCAACUUUCCCGUAAACGAAUAUUGCUCGUUAAACGAGAUUCAAUGGAGCUUGAUUCCACCUCAUGCGCUUCACAUGGGUGGUCUAUGGGAGGCUGGCAUCAAGUCCUGUAAAUAUUUAAAGCGAGUAAUUGGGGAGACUGUGCUCACAUUCGAGGAGCUCAGCACGGUUCUGGUUCAAAUUGAGGCAUGUCUAAAUUCUAGACCGCUGUGCCAAUUUCCAUCGAGCCCAAAUGAUUUGCAACCACUGACUCUGGCACAUUUUUUAAUAUGA